AUGAACUCAGUCUUCUUGUUGAUCCAGCUCCUCUCCGGUCUGGUCGCAUACGCCUAUUUUGCCGGGUGCGAUCCGCUCCAAACAGGUGAUGUCACAGCAACCGAUCAGAUUUUACCCUAUGUGGUCAUGGCUUUGUUCAAUGGGAUCCCGGUGAUUAAAGGUUUAUUCUUGUCUGUGAUCUACGCAGCCGCAUUAAGCACGGUUUCCUCCGGUGUAAACAGCCUUGCCACAGUUCUGCUCGAGGAUAUUAUUCGUCCGUUGCAUUUUGCAAUCAAAAAGAAUGAUCUCUCGAAAAGAGUGAAAACCAUUUUGGCUUAUGUAUUGUCUGCUUUGGUCGGAUUGUCCACUGUCGGUUUCGCAUUUGUAUUCACCUUGGUCAGUUCCGGCGUUUUGCAAUUCGCGUUCAGCUUGUUCGGUGCGAUUGGUGGACCAAUACUGUCUAUUUUCACCCUGGGUAUGGUGGUGCCGUGUGUGAAUGCUAUAGUAAGUUGA